AUGGCAAAGAAAGCCAACUUUGACUUUACCCUGUUGGAAAAAGAGUUAUAUGGAGACGUGGAAACCGACACCGCAUUGCUGAAUGAACUUUCGGAGCUUAUCUAUGACAAAACUCCACAGAUGUCGAACGCGCAAGAGCUCGCUUCCAAAUCGCUCGCCUUCACAGCAACAGUGAAACAGGAUUUCGCGGUGGACACUGACGACGAUGAUCCGUCAGUGGAAAAUGACAGUUUGUUGUUGGAUGAGCUCGAUGAACUGAUGGGCUCCUCGAAAACAGGCGAGCAAAAUUCCACGACUCCUGAAAAAAUUGAAUCUUCAGAGGAAAUACCGAAAUCACGACUUGCAGAAAAGCCUGCCCAGUCUACAAUGAGUGCAGAUAAACCAGACAACGUGAAGGAGAGCAUCCCCUCUCAACCAGAGAUUCCUCCAAGCACUUCCUCAGUGCAGGUUUUGCCGAAAAAAAUUGACUCUCAAAAGAGUGACGAAUCUCCACAGCAAUCUUUACCUUCACAAAGCAGCGGAAGCAUCGGUGACAGGAGCACAUCUGCAAAUUACGACCGUGCAGCGUCAGUUAUCACUGAAUUGAACCGAGUGUGUGACUACUGCAAAAAGUUCGCAAUGGAAGCGAAAACCGCUGGCGAUGAUGCGUCUGCCCUUGAAUAUUGCAAAAUGUUCAAAAGUCUGAAGGACCAGUACGCAAACGAUCCUACAAAGGAUCUAUCGCCGGUAAAAAGUCUUGUCAGCGAGCUAACACAGAAAGUGAAGUUAGCGCAGUCAUCUCCAGAAAAGUCCAACCUGAGUGCCGCUCCUGUGGCAGACGAACAGGUCAAGAAUUUGGGCAACAGCCAGGCUCAGUCUUCUCUGACUAAGGCAGAUACUAGAGCAAUGCCUGUUGCUUCCUUCAGAAACGAUCUGCAACAAGAAUUGUUGAAGCGACUCGAAAAGUUUAAAGAAACUGCCGAACGAGCGGCGGCUGAAGGCAACGCCAGCAAGGUGCGUCGAAUGAACAGGAUCCAAAAGCAGUACGAAGACGCCAUAAGAAACGUACAACGAGGUCGGCCCGUUAACUUCUCUGAACUACCAAAUCCGCCGUGUUUUCCUCCGUUGCCCUCUUCUGACACCACCGGAAAUUCAGCAGACCCGUUGGUCGCAGAAACAGCAGUUAAGGCUAGCUCAGGGAGUCCUAAGCGCGAACCUACCGUCCAGAAAGUCACACCUGAGCAUCCGGACAUUCCAAAGCCCGCGAAUAAUGCAGAGACAUCUUCCGAGACACCUUCUGCGCCGCCCAUCGUCCCUCAUUCAUCACAGCAAGAAAAGCAGCUGGACACGCUGACAAGGCGUUACGAGCAGUUUCGAUCACUGGCACUUGAAUCGAAGAAGCAGGGUGACUUGAAGUCGGCCAAGGCGUACCUAAGGAAUGCGUUAGGUAUUAAACAGCUUAUGGAAGCGUCAGAAAAUGGGUUUCCCAUCAACAUGACCUCUGUGCCGAAGCCACCCGUGAUGCAACCAAAGAGAAGCCCCAACCAGCGAACCGGCAGCUUGAAAUCAAACGAUAACGGUACUGUUCUGGUCGAGACCGCUGAGGAGGCAUUUACUAUGUUAGAAAAAGACCUUAUUCAUCAGAUUCAGUUCUGCGAACUUAAUCGAGAGUACUAUAAGCGACUGGGCGAUGUUCAUCGAUGUAACGACUUCAAGCUACUUCGAGAUAACUGCGCCAAAGAUUUGCUUUGUCUAAGGAACACGAUGGAAUAUCGACAUACCACACCAAGAUUUCAUUAUGAAACACGCGUAUUUCCUUCUCUGAAAUGUUCUCCUGAUCUGAAGGCUGAUCAGAUGGAGUUGAUCAUCAUCUGUUGUAAAAACGUUCUUCUUCCGCCUGACUACGACGAAAGGAAACAUGCCGAUCUUUUCGUCAGGUACAUAUUUCCAUGCCCCAAGGAUCAGCCGCAAACGGGAAAGACGGAAAGCGUGCGAUAUACUUGUUCUCCAGAUUUCAAUCACUCCGCGAAACUUCGAAUCGUCCCUCGUUCCCGAGGUUUGCUGUUUUACAUCAAACGUCAUGGCAUAAAAUUUGAUGUAUACCAAAAGGGCAGUUUGAUUCGUAGCGAUAAGCUGCUAGGCUCUGCAGAACUGAAGUUGCUACCACUGGAGAAGGAAAACGCAAUCCACGAUAGCGUAAAGUUAAUCCUCAAUAAGAAGGACACUGGUGGCACCAUAGAAGUAAAGGUUAGAAUCAGAGAGCCUCUGGUCGAGCAAGAAUCAGAAACCAGCAAACGAUGGUUGAUCAUCGACGAAUUUAUUCAGCGUACGAAAAUUGCUCGUUGA